UCAGUCGGCUCUGCGCCUCUGCACUCCUUCCUUUGCUCCCACAUCUGAAAUAGAGUAUUACAGCAAUCUGAAUACAAGAGGCAGGAUAGAAACAGAGAGUUUGCAAAAUUCGGGAAGAAAGUGUCGCGUUGACUACAGCAAUAGCUCAGAGGGGUCGCCGCUGUCACUCACGUUACAUCCUAAUGCCGAUACUGUAGUGGAGCAACAGCGCUUACCAGCCCAGUAAAAAUGGCGCGACGCUGUCGGGCCUCGCUAGGCUCGUCGGUUGCUCUUCUCGCGCUAGUGCUAGUGCUGCUGCGGCCACACGAGCUCGCAGCUGAGCCAAUCGUCGAAGGCAGCGACGUUGGCGAGGUGCACGCCGAGGGGUCUUGCAGCCCUGGCGACGCUUGGGAAGCCGGCGCUAGCGCUUGCCUGUCCGGGACACCGGCAGAGGAGCGGGUCGCGCCCGACAAAUCCGCCGCUGCCACUGCUGCAGCAGCUCUUGGAGAAUGUAUGGACAACCAGACGCACUUUGAAAUGUUAGAACCCUAUAGCGCAGAUGCCGCUGCUGCUGGUGACGUGCUGGUGGAGUCGGCGGUUGGCAUCGGCGCCGGCGUCGUCAGUGACGGCGCCGCCGCCGUCAGUGAUGGCGCCGCCGGCGUCAGUGACGGUGGCGGCGGCGUCAGUGACGGUGGCGGCGGCGUCAGUGGCGGUGGCGGCGGCGUCACUGCCACUGCCGGCGGCCGUGGCGGCGGCACCCGCUCCUGGGACUGGCUCAGACAGCUGGCGGCGGCAGACUCCGCCGCUGCCGCCACUGCCGCCGCCGCCGCGGCCGCAACAGCAUCCCACGCUUCCGCCGCCGGUGCAGCCGCCGCCGCUUCUGCGUCCACUACCGCUGCCAUGGCUGCCCAGGCGGCGGCAGUUGCGAACGCACUCCCGGGUUCUGCGCCCGCCGCCGCCGCCGGGGCCGCCGCCGCCGCCGCCGCAGACCACGCUGGUGGCUCGGGGCUAGCCGGCCGGCUGGAGUCGGCGCUGGGUCCUGACGCCCAGGAGCUCGAGCGAGCCGCCAUCGCCAAGGCGGUCGCGGCGGCGGUGCGCGGCACAGGCGGCGGCGGUGGCAGGCGCGCGCCGCAUCUGCAGCAGCAGCAGCAGCAGCAGCGGGCCGCCAGUACACCGCAGAGCGCCGGCAGCCCGCCGCCGCCAGCCGCCGCUGGCGUGGCGGCUGCGGCGCACGAGGCCGCUGCCGCUGGCGUGGCGGCGGAACAUGAGCUAGUUGCUACUGUUGCUGCUGCUGUUGCUGCUGAGGUGGCGGCGGCUGCGGCUGUGGCGGCGGCCGGGCCGCAGGCCCACAGCCUGGCGCCCCCAUUGCAGGCGUCUCCAGGUGGCGGCGGCGGUUGCGGCGGUGGCGGCGGUGGCGGCGGCGGGGGUGGCGGCAGCGGGGGCUUUGAAGGCAUGCGGCAGCUGCUGCGUGCGAACCUGCGGGCCCUGCACACUGACAUCGUGUCGGGGCGCCUCAGACACAUGGCAGGACUGCUGUGGCCGCCGGCGUCCGCAGGUGCAGGUGCAGAUGCGGCGGCACAUGCAAACGAAAAUGCAGCUGCAACGGCGGCGGCGGCGGCGCCGGUGGCAAGCCCGACGGAAGCACGGCACGCAGCAGCCCUAGGGCUGGGAGCCGCCGCCGUGCAGUCGCCUGGAGAUGCGGCGGCAGUGGCUCCCGACGCAGCGGCGGCCGCGGUGGAGGCGGCAGUGGGCGGGCACGCGGCCGGGAGCCCGGUGCUGGUGCUGGCGGCGGCGGCGGCGGCGGCGGUUGGCCUCGCGGUGGGGUUCCUGCUGGGGGCGGCCUGGGGAAGCCGCCGUAGUAGCCGCCAGCGUGCUACUGCCGCGGCCGUAGCAACAGGAACAGCUGCGGCAGUAGCAGCAGCGGCGCAGCCGCUGGCAUCAUCUGCGCCGGAGGCGGCAGUGCUGCGUGAUCAGGGACAGGGACAGGGACAGGACCCGUGCUGCUCUCCCGGCACCGCGGAGAUGGUUGGGAGGAAGCAGCACGGGCCGCAGCCGUCCACGUCGGCCGGCGACGUCAAGGCGCUGUUCGGGGGCGCCGGCGAGGAUCCGGUGCCGCUGGCGGCGGCGGCGGCGGCGGCGGGCGACGGCAGGCAGGAGGCGGCGGCGGCGGCGGCCGCGCGGGCGCUGUCUCCAGCGGGCCCCCAGGGCGCGAGUGGAGCGGGCGGACGACGGCGGCAUGCACAGCAGGAAGGAAAGGAGGUGGCGGAGGGUACGGCGGCGGCGGAGGAGGUGGAGGAAAUUCCGGCGCCGCCCGCCCCAGCGUCCGCAGCCGCACCAAUGCGCUACCAGCUGCCAGGUACGGCGGGCCUGGCGGCGGCGGCGCCGCCGCCGCCGCCACAGGACACGCCGCUGGCGGCGCCAACAGCGGUGGCGGCUGCGGCGGCGGCUGGGCAGCCAGAGGUGCUUGCGGCGGCGGCGGUAUUGCUGGACGCUUUGGCCCGACAGACGGAGGAGGCGGCGGCGCCGCCGGGGGAGCGAGAUGCGCUGGCGGCGGCGGCAGCAGCCCUGUUGCGGCGGCGGCAGCAGCAGCAGCAGGAGAUGACGUCGCCGGGGCCAGGGUGCAAACCGCCUGGGCCGUACGACAUCGUGCUGUCUGGCAACGGUAACGGUACCAACAGCGGUUGUAUCAACGGUAACGGUAACGGUUUCAACGGCAUGCUGGUGGCCUGCGCCAGCCCGUACGGCGGCCAGCUGGUCAGCCAGCCGCCUCAUCCGUACGGCGGCGGCGGUUGCGGCGGCGCAAUGGUGGUUGGCGGCGGCGGCGGCGCGCAGCGCGCGUGGCCGGCGGACACGUCGGCUCUGGUGAUGGCGGCGGCGGUGGAGUCCUUCGGCAGGCAUAUGACCGAGGUGCGCAGCGCCGUCAGCGAGGCGGCGGCGGCGGUGGCGGAGCUGACGGGCGGCGUGCGCGAGAACAGCGGCCUGCUGCGGCGGCGGCAGGCGGCCGCGGACUUGGCGGCGCAGAGGGGGAUGGCGGCGGCGGCCAUGCAGCGAGGCAUGGUGGUCAUGUGGGCAGCCCUGGCGGGGGGCUCCUUGCGCUGGGGCCGCGUGCACGAGGUGGUCGGCCGCUGCUCCGUACGGCCGGCGGCGGAGCGGCUCGCCGCGGCUGCGGCGGCGGCGGCUCGCAGCGCCGCCAGCAGUGGCGGCGGCGCCGCCGCCGCCGCCAGCAGCAUGCCACUCGCCGCGGGCGCCUGGGGCCGCGUUCGAGCCACCAUAUUCAAGGCAUCCAAGCUCGCCUCUGCAGCCGCGACCCUCGCCAGGGGCGGCGCCGGCGGCGCCGCCGCGGUGGCGGCUGACGCCGCCGCCAGCGCCGCGGCGGCGGCGAUGGGCGGUGGCGGCAGCGGAGGGGCGGCGGCGGCGGCGACGCGCGGCUGGCUUGCUGGCGGCGCGGGGUGGGGGCCGGCGUGGCUGCGGCAGGCGCUGUGCUACUGCCAUGAGCUAGGCCUGUACUCGGUGGGGCUGGCGGCGCUGGCCUACGUCGUACUGCCGCUGCUGCGCCGCACGCUGGCCGUGGACCUUCGGACCAGCUGGGCUCUGGAUGUGCCGCUGCUGCUGGGGGCGGUGUGGGGCGCCGUGGGGGCUCACGUGGUGACGGCGCUGGGCGGCCUGUGGACGGUGUGGCUGGCGGGCUGGUGGGGCUGGUGCGCCGCGGGCAUGGCGCUGCACGCGUGGCGGCUGGGCGGCGGCGGCGGCGGUGCGGGUGGAGGAGGAGGAAGGGGUGGGGGAGGUGGGGAUGGGAAGGGAAGGGAGGGAGGGGAAGGGGGCGUGGGGUGGCUGGGCGUGGCGGCGCUGGCUGGCGAGGCGGUGGUGCUGCCGCUGCUGCUGGGGCUGCUGCCGUACGCGGGCUGGGCACGGCCGCUGCACUUUGGGCUGGAGGAGGCGUGGUGGGCGGUGCGCAGGGCGGCGGCGGGCUGGCUGGGCGGCGCGGCGGCGGCGCCGCCGUUGUGAGGGCGCGGCGCGGCUCGGUUGUGUUCGCGACAUCUAGCCAGACAGGCGUCGUGUUCAUUUGGCGUUGAUGGCGAUGUGUUUGUUGGGUUGCACAAUCAACGAAAUAGAAACGAGACCCGACAUGUGUUGUGUAUAUGUACGUGUGUGUGGAUGCGUGUGCAUUCGUGUGAAUAUGUGGGGGCGCUGCGCCAUCGAAAUAUGGCUGGGUUUCAAGCUGAGGUGGGAUUGAAGCGCGCGCGACACGCGGCCACACAACACACGCACGGCCAUGCGACAGCCAGUGCGUGGGCACGAUACUGCGGGAAUGAAGACGUCGGCGGGACGAGCGGCGGCCGCCUGGGGCUUCUGGGCGGAGGAGUGCGGACACGUGCUGGCAUGCGGGGCGCGGGUCGGAGUGGGAGUGUGUGGAACAGAGGACGACGCCGACACCAGGGGAGGGCCUGGCCAGUACCACCCUGUGACUGUAGAGGAACGAGCUUAUGAGCAUGAGGAGGCAAGCGGGGUUGGCGGGCGGCACAGGCUUGGAAUUGGGAGGAGGGCCCGCCUCUUGUCAUUCGUGCUGUACCCGGCGCCUGCUGGUGCCGAACAUCUUGACUGGCGGCCAUGCCACACACGUCCAUGAGCCCAAGGCCGACCAUCGACCCUUUUAUCGGAUUACCGGGGCGUGCUCUUAAGCUUACAAUUGCGUUCGUCCAUAUGAUGUUCGGGUUUUGUGUGCCGAAGGAGAUUGGUCGAGUUCCUCCCAGGAUUAUGUGAAGCAUCCCGGGAUUGAUUUGACACGGUCGCCAGCUUUUACGGCCGGCGGCAGUCUUGUCGCCAGGACCCACACCAAGCCCUGGCCGCUACAGUUUAGCAUCAUUUCAUGUAGUAUCCAUGACAUCAGUAGGCGACGCUCACGCUUGUACGCAACUACGGUGCCGAUGUGGCCAGAUGUGGCCGGCCGCUUUCCAGAGGCCAAACGUUCUGCAAAAUUGUGCCUGCGCAUGUGUGCUAGUGCUUGUGCUAUUGGGCGGAGCGUUGAGAGGGGUGUUCUGGGCACGGAGAUGAAAUCUUGAGUCCCGCACACCACGCACACACUCCGCGUGACGAAACCUUGGAACCCCCAACCCCGACAACCGACCCUGAACUUUGAGGGCCCAUAAUUUCGAAGUUACUACCCUGGUUGAAACACUGAAAGUGGAUUUGGAAUUUCCUCACCAAGCU